AUGCCUAGUCUGUCGCAGUCGCAAGCACAGCUCUCGAGCUCACUCUGGCAACCCGGAAGGGACACGCCUCAGAACCAAAAGCCUAUUCCUGAACAAAUGUCCCUCAUUUUCGAGAAGUGGAACCCCACGAACCCCAACUGCGCCUUCAAGCACUACUUCUACAACAAAGUCGACGAAGCCUCCGUUCCCUUCUACAAGCCCGGCCCACACGAAGAUCCGAGAGACUGGGAAGAGGCGCUGCAAAAGAAGCCCGCGCCGGGCUACAUCCCGGUCCUUUGCACAGGCUUCUCCGGCGUCGCGGCCCGCCUCCAGACGCAGAAGAAGGUUGUAGGGGAACUCAACGUGCGCCUGCACCAGAUCAACGCCAGUCUUGACGCCAUCCUCUCACGGCACGACCUCGAGACUAGUGUGCGUGCCCUUGCGGCCCGCCGCCGUCACGUCGUCCUUCGCGAGCGGUGUCUCGCGCUGGCUGCCCGCGUGCAGGUGCUACGCAACCGUGGAUACGCUCUCAGCGGUGACGAGGACGAUUUGCGACUCAAGCUAGCGGAGCUGGAGCGCAACGUACAGGACCCUGCUCUGGCCGCGAGAGAGGAGGAGCUCUGGAGCCGGCUGAUUGUACUCAGGGACUACGCGGACCAGUUGAUGAAGGAGACGAAUAAGCCUGCUUUCGCGAGCGGCGAAGGUUUGAGCGAGGAGACUGAGCACAAGACGAAGAAGGUCUUGGAAGACUAUGAGAAGCAGAUCCAGCACCUCAAGAAGGAAGUCGAGUCCAUUACGAAAGACUUUGCGGACUGGGAGAAGGAGCGGAACCCGAGCUAA